AUUAGCCUUUCAGGAUCGACCGGUGGCUAUAUAAGAGGAAAACGCAAUUCGACUAGGAAAUUACUGUUGGUUCAACUAGUGAUUAGAGGUGAGCUUAAUUGGAAUCCUAACGUUCUAAACAGGCACUUAGUGACCGCUCGUGAUGAAGCUGGUUUUGGCAUUCGUACUACUGGUAAAUGGUUUCUACCUUGUGAGUUGCCAGAACGAUGGUCGAUACAGACCACCCACGACGACUACGCGAAGACCUAUUUAUAGAACAUACCGUCCAUUCGAUUCCCUUAAUCGAAACCGUAACCCAAACGAUGGACGUUACGUUGGAGGAAACGAUGGUCGAUAUCGUGCACGAAAUGACGGCCGCUAUGCUGGUGGAAACGAUGGUCGAUAUGUCCACGUCGAUAACAAGUACCAACAUACGGGUGAUGGUGACCGUGGGCAAUAUAGUCACGUAGGAGGGCCUUCCGGAUCAGACGCCGGAUACCGGGGAGGCUCCGGUGGCGGAGCUGGCUCCAACCUGGGCGUCGGGACUGGCUCCAACGUGGGCGGUGGAGCUGGUUCCAAUGAUGGAGCUAGUGGUUCCCCACCUGAGCCGGCCGCUCCUGCUGCAGUACCACCCCCACCGGCGCCGGCACCCAUUCGUAUACCAACUACUGUAGCUCCUGCCCCGGUGCGUCGACCAACGGUUCAAGUGGCAUCGGGUCCAUCUGGCGACGGGUGGAAAAUUAUUCAUCUUGAUCAUCGCACGCGUCCUGAUGGAUACAAUUACAUAUUUGAAACAGAAAACGGCAUCAACGCGGAAGAAUCAGGAAAAAUUGAAACAACAGCGGAUGGAGGUGAGGGAUUACGAUCGACAGGAUUCUAUCAGUACGUUGGCGAUGAUGGUCAGCUUUACCGGGUGGAUUACGUUGCCGACAAUAAUGGAUUCGUACCGCAAGGAGAUCAUAUUCCCAAGACGCCACCAGCCAUUGAAAAGCUACUUCAGUACCUGGCCAGUCAACCGAAACAGUAGUAUAUAUGAAACAGAUUGACCGCAGCUUUUGAUCACUUGAUCAGUACUAAGCUUUGCAAUAAAUUAUAACAGUUUAGAAAGAAUACGAAAAA